CCCGAACUUUUACACUAUUGACCAGUUCUAGUACCAAUGAUAAAUAUUCUGAGAAAUUGAAAUCCCAUAGGUGUUUGUUGGCGGUUAACUAUUUUUCUUUUUAUAUAGCCAAAUCUAACCGUACUUCAGUUUUCAUCAAGAUUUUAUGGCCAAAUUUGGGUUAUACACUAUUACUUUCCCCCCUACAAAGACCUAUUACAGGGGUAACAUGCGUAGUCUCUAAAAUUCGAAUUUGAGGACUUCAGAUUGAAAAUCAACAACACGAGUUACACGACCUCGUUACCGGUGAUACACUUUUACUUAACUGAGGGCUAUGCACCAAACCCUCUACAGACUACAGUUAACACUCAACGUUAUCUAAGUGAAGAACAAAGUUAGACAGAGUAAAAGAAUCCUGUUAAGUGGUGGGGUGGAAAAUAUGGAAAUAUAUAAUCCCAUGAUGUUGAAAUUUUAGCAGUCAAGCUUGAUGACUGUGUCAGUUCCAUAGUCAAUGAAACCAUGAAGCAAGCAAGCUUGAAAAGUCUAACUACUCAACUGUCCAUCCCAUCUUUAUAAUUUUGGAAAGCAGCAUUUCCUUCCAAGAAACCACCAUCUCUCUCACUGCUGCUGAGCAUCUCAACAAAGGAAAUGCCAAAAACCAUGGCUCCAAACUCCAUGAACAUCUCAGCAGCAGCAGACAAGGCAAACGGUGACACUGAUUCCACUGCUCCACAGCAGCUUGACGCCGGAGCUUUGUUUGUCCUGCAAUCCAAAGGAUCAUGGUGGCACUGUGGUUACCAUUUGACCACAUCAAUAGUCGGUCCAGUGAUUUUCAGCCUCCCUUUCGCCAUAGCUUUACUGGGCUGGGUUCCUGGAGUUGCCGUCAUAACCCUAUCCGCACUUGUAACUUUCUAUUCCUACAAUCUCCUCUCCGUGGUUCUUGAGCACCAAGCUCUGCAGGGGAGGCGCCAGCUCCGGUUCCGCGACAUGGCUGCAGACAUCCUAGGGCCAAAAUGGGGCAAGUACUUUGUUGGUCCACUUCAGUUUGCUAUAUGCUAUGGUGCCGUCAUUGCUUGUUGCCUUCUUGGAGGGCAGAGCCUUAAGUUCAUUUACUUGCUGUACACCUCAAAUGGAGGGAUGCAGCUCUACAAAUUCAUAAUCAUUUUUGGCUCUGCAACUCUGGUCUUGGCUCAAAUGCCAUCUUUCCAUUCUCUAAGGCACAUCAACCUUGUCUCUUUAAUGCUCUGCCUCGCCUACAGUGCUUGCGCCACAGCAGGAUCUUUAUACAUUGGAAAUUCAAGGAAAGCCCCUCCGAAGGACUACUCAAUGAACGGCUCCCAAGUGAGUCGAUUCUUCGGCUCCAUCAAUGGCGUCUCGAUCAUUGCCACGACAUUUGGGAGCGGGAUCAUCCCAGAGAUACAGGCGACACUAGUUCCCCCGGUGAAGGGGAAGAUGUUCAAAGGGUUGUGCAUCUGCUAUGGCGUCAUCAUCACCACAUACUUCAGCGUUGCAGUGUCUGGUUACUGGGCGUUUGGGAGCAACUCUAAAUCAAUCAUCCUCACCAAUUUCAUGGAUGCUGAUGGAUCUCCUUUGCUCCCGAUUUGGUUCCUUCUUCUCACCAACAUCUUCACUCUCAUGCAGCUGACCGCAAUCACCGUGAUCUACUUGCAGCCCACGAACGAGAUGUUCGAGAGAUGGUUUGCGGACCCGAAGAAGGACCAAUUCGCGGCGCGGAACGUGGCCCCGCGGCUGGUGUUCAGAUCGCUGACGGUGGUGGUGGCGGCGCUGAUUGCAGCGAUGCUGCCGUUCUUUGGGGACAUCAUGGCGUUCUUCGGGGCUUUUGGAUGCAUACCUCUGGACUACAUUCUGCCGAUGGUUUUCUACAACACGGCGUUCAAGCCUUCUAAGAAGAGCUUCAUCUUUUGGGGGAACACGAUCAUCGCCGUGGGUUCGUCGGCGCUGGCAGCCGUCGGUGGAGUGGCGUCGGUUCGGCAGAUCAUUCUUGAUGCCAGGACAUACAGCUUAUUUGCUGAUGUUACAAUGUAAAGGGCAGGGCAGGCCCCAUAUGGAUGGUUUAUUGUCAGUACAACCCGCUUGAAAAACCAUAUAUAUACGUCUCGACUCGAGUUAUAAAUAUAUAAUAAUUAUCGAUAAAUUAUGAUAAUUAUUAUAUAUUUCGAAAUAAACACAUGGUAAAAAUUGAGUUGUACAAAAAUUUUAUAUGGAUGAUAACUUAUAAUAAUCUUAUCUGGUCAUG